AUGGGCGACUGGAGCUUUCUGGGGAGACUAUUGGAAAAUGCACAGGAGCACUCCACGGUCAUCGGCAAGGUCUGGCUGACCGUCCUGUUCAUCUUCCGAAUCCUGGUGCUGGGAGCCGGGGUGGAGUCGGUGUGGGGUGACGAGCAGUCCGACUUCACCUGCAACACCCAGCAGCCCGGCUGUGAGAACGUCUGCUACGACAAGGCCUUCCCCAUCUCCCACACCCGCUUCUGGGUGCUCCAGAUCAUCUUCGUGUCCACGCCCACCCUCAUCUACCUGGGCCACGUGCUGCACAUCGUGCGCACGGAACAGAAGAGGAAAGAGCGAGAUGCGGAGCAGCCGAACGGGGACGGCGACCGUGGCCAGAGGGACAGGUCCCCGGUGCGGGACGACCGGGGCAAGGUCCGCAUCGCCGGGGCCCUGCUCCGGACCUACGUCUUCAACAUCAUCUUUAAAACGCUGUUCGAGGUGGGCUUCAUCGCCGGUCAGUACUUCCUGUACGGCUUUCAGCUGAACCCACUCUACCGCUGUGACCGGUGGCCCUGCCCCAACACCGUGGACUGCUUCAUCUCCAGGCCCACGGAGAAGACCAUCUUCAUCAUCUUCAUGCUGGCCGUGGCCUGCCUGUCCCUCUUUCUCAACGUGCUGGAGAUCUAUCACCUGGGCUGGAAGAAGCUUAAACAGGGUAUGACCAACUACUAUAGUGUAGAGACCCCUCAAUCCAGGCUGGGGGCCGCGAAACCGGGGGGCGUGAGCCCACUGCCCCCCUCCCUCUCGGCUCCAGCCACCGGCACUGGGGCGUGCCCGCCUUACUACACUCACUCUGCCUCGUCCCUGGGGCAGGCAAUGAGCAGGGCCUAUCCUGGGGCUCCUUUACCAGCCACAGACGUCACCAAGGAAGCUCUGUCUGAGGCGCAGGGGAAGGGCCACCCUGACAAAUUCUAUGACAGCAGCCAACACCUGCUAACGGCAGAGCAGAACUGGGCCACCCAGGAGGCCGAGCAGCAGCUCUCAGUGAGGAAGGCCACCCCCCCGCCAUUGUCCCCGUCUUCCUCCUUGACCCCUCCGGGCAGCCCCCAGCCACCCCCCCAGGAGCCCGUCCCGGUGGAGAAUGGGAAUGGCCACAGCUUGGGGGAGAGCAGCUUGGCAGUGACUCCCGACCAGGGGGUCCCGGCAGUGACCUCCCCUGUGGAUAUGCACGCGCCGCCUCUGCUCCCCGCUGAGCCCAGACGGUCAAGCACGGCCAGCAAGGCCAGCGGCGGUCGGGCCAGACCCAGUGACUUGGCCAUCUAG